CCCAAUGGUUCAGGGCGGCGCCCCCCGACACGUUCUUUCGCCUCCACGGGGUAUGCCCGUGCCCAGCGACCUCAAAGGGCGCAGAGUCUUGUCGUACGGCGAGACCUGCAGAUCAGCGAGAGCCAAACUCUCCGUCCUCCACGACCUGUCAUGUGCCCAGAGCCACAAGCAUCUCGUUUCUCGACCCUCGAUACGAGGUCCAAUGCCCGUCGAAUACAUCGCUCGAACUCCGUCAGUGGAAGAUUACUACUGGAGGACAGCAGAGGUGGGGGGACCCUCAGUCAUAAGUUCCACGCCUGCUCGCUUGAUGAUCUAGACUCUAGUCCAGUAAUUGAAGUUGGUGUCACGUCACUUGAGCGAAGUCGGUCAGAACAAAGCCUCAUCUCCAUCGCCCAGGAAUCCACCAUUGCUGGAGGGACAACAGCACAGGUCCAUCGCUCUACUAGUGUACAAGAAAGACUUCUCGAUGGAAAGAUGGUUCUCACCUCCUUUGGGCCAGUUAAUCGUCCGCUAACUCGUAUCACAAAACCUAAGGGCCCGGCUCCACCUCCACCGAUAAGGCCCAAGCCAACUAUUCCAUCUCCUGUUAUUGACCAAAGUGUUCCCAAGAAAGAGCAAAAUAACGGAAAGGAUGCAAGCGAUACUGCCUUUACAUUCACUGUGAAGUCGAAAGGGGAAGAACGAAUAACAGAAAACACAACAGUAAUCGAAAAAGAUGAACCACGAGAGCUUCCACGGCCUCCGGAAAUAAGUGUAAGAGAGCCCCGAGUGGUGGUAAGCAAUACCAAGCGAGUGUCUACUCUGGAGCGUCCCUUACCUCUCCCUGUUAUUGAGGAGAACAUUAAAAACACACGGAAACGCCCAGCCCCUCAGCCACGCAACAUCAUACCAUCGCAGUCUGAUGACGAGUCUUCAAGAGAGAUGUCGAGAACUCGCCUACUAGAACACCUGAAAUCAACACGACAUGAAGUUAUCAAACCACCGAGGCCAUCCUUGGCAGAAAAACCUCUUCGUUUAGGUGAUAGAAACAUAUCUCUUGCACGUCCUAGCCCUGUGAAGAAGCCUGAAAGAAAACGAUCUGGAGGAGAUAAAGCUGCUAACCUGAGAAGGUUGGAAGAAGUACUCACAAAUAUUCUCGACCAUGGAACUUCUGCACCCAUUCGAGCCACCAAGUCUGAUGAAAAUAUAAUGGAGAGUUUGAAAGCCUUCGACACAAAGAUGCCAAAGAGUAUUUUAAAAAAAGGCCCAAGCAAGCCAAGCAAAUAUGAAGUUGCUCAUCGGGAGGCUCUGGAAGACUCUAAGGCACUUCUGGACCAGCUGCCGAGAGGCGAACUUCAACGCAACAAGAUUGUUCUUCGUGUUCCCUCCUUCAGAACAGCCGGCUGUCAGACGGAAGCCUACCGCCCCAUACGCCGCAGAGCUUCUUGUGCACAGACUAAUCUUAGUGUAGUGCCCCGCUUCAAGGAGAACACUACAAGCACCGCCACGAAGACCUCUGUAUGGUCCUCAACACCAGAGCGCUGGACUAAGCCAGAACGACGGACCGACUCUCAUGAGAACUCUCCACUAGAAUCUUCCUCUUCUUCAUCAGGUUAUUCCUCUCCUGAGGUGGGUAGUAAAGACCAGACCCCUGCUCACUCAGGUCCUCCGUCGCCAGCCUCAUCCUCAGUUGUUGCUAGCGACGAGGACGAAAGAAGAACAGAAGCAAACGUCACAGUCAUAGAAGUCAACAAGAGCGAGACACUGCCACCGCGGGUGCCCCACUGGCACGGCUUGGACCCAGUGCCACCUCCGCGUCCACCCAAACCACUACGUUUGCGCCACAUGUCGGACGCAGCGGUACUCAUGGGUAGCCAGGGCGGCCUUUUAGUACCAGUCCACAGAAGGGCUUCUCAGCUUCCGACUUAUGAAGACGUAUUUGGUCUAGCUGCUCUCACUGAGAAUGUCAUGCUAUUGACUGAAGCUAUCAACCCCGUGCUGGUGCGGUCCACGAGACACCCUGACGGAGGGGAAAGGUCUUCCACGAUCCCAAAAGAGUUUUUUGACGUCAUACGGAAAAUAAACACCAGUCCCUUCAAGAUGACAACCGUGGGACGGACGCACGACUCUUCUGACCCGCCCACGACCUGCUAUCCGCCCCCACAGCCUGUCCCUCCCACGCCCGUCCUUGGCUCCCGGCCCACGCGCCAGACAGCAAAGAGAUUCCCGCCUCCGCCCCCAAACAAAAGAGAGCUCGAUCAUAAGGGAUGA